GCCCAACCGGCACCGGCGGCCGGAUCAACGCCGCCUCUCAAGUUCUCCAUCGAACGGAUCCUGUCGUCCGAGUUUGGGCCGACCGGCGGCCGCAGUGUUCCCACAGCCGCCGCCGUUGCCAAGGGAUCGCAGCAACCUCGCAAGGAAGACCGCACCAUCAGUGAGCGUGCCACGACACCUCCGCAGCCGAACAACCAACAGGGACUGCUGUGGCCCGCGUGGGUCUACUGCACGCGCUACUCGGACCGACCGUCUUCAGGUCCCCGGUCCCGUCGCAUGAAGAAGCGCGAGAAGAAGGAAGAAAAGCGGCCACGGACCGCCUUCACGGCCGACCAGCUGGCGCGCCUGAAGCAGGAGUUCCAGGAGAACCGCUACCUGACCGAGAAGCGCCGCCAGGACCUGGCGCGCGAGCUGCGCCUCAACGAGUCGCAGAUCAAGAUCUGGUUCCAGAACAAGCGAGCCAAGAUCAAGAAGGCCUCGGGACAGCGGAACCCGCUCGCCCUCCAGCUCAUGGCGCAAGGCCUGUACAACCACUCGACCUCGUCGCAGCAGGGCGGCACCGGCGACGACGACUCCUCCUCGUGACACUGAGCCCUCGUCGCCGCCGCUGGGACCAAGGGUCGCCCACGACGUCCCGACGCGUUUCGGUCGUGCUCGUGGCAACUGGUGCGGGGUGCAAGCGCAUACUUUAAGCUGUGUGCGCGAUUUAGUGCAAUAGUCAAGUACACACUGAAGAGUCCGCCUUGAAGCUUUGUGCGAUCUUUCCCCCUAAGGCUGUACGCCUAUAUAAGUCUGAAAACGGGUGGAAUAGAAUUUCAAGGAUGGUUGCCAGGUGAAAUUAUACUUAUCGCCCCAAAUACGAUUUAGUUUGUCUUCUGUACUAAUAAUUGUCAAUAUGCCAGGAAACAGGGCAGUGGCGUAAACGCUCGGGUGCGAGCCCUCAAUUUAAAGUUAACUAGUACUAUAGAAACUUACUAUUACAAACGGCCGAAUGCACGUGGUUCGCUAAUGAAUAUAUCCUUCCUGUUGAAUGUGUCCACACAUUUCCAGAAGCCCCAACCAUGCAUUACAAAUCGUUAGAAAUCUCGCUUGUCAUUAACCCUGGCUCCUUCCAAGCAAGAACUCCCGCGGUUCACAUAAAAGCGUGGUAAAAUUUAGGCACAAUUAUGUCUUGCGGAUAGAAAACAGUCGUUCGCGGAGUACACGCACCAGAUGCAAAAGCACGGCCGAAGCGCGUCCGCCCGUAAUUUGAGCUCGCCACGCGAGCUCGCGAAAUCCCGAUGAACGGCGUCCAAAUCUUCGGCGCCUGCGGAGAAUGCUUUCAACAACGCUCUGCAGUUAUACGUCGCUCGACGCCUUCGAUGUGAAAGCCAAAUGGAUAUACACGGCUUUGCUGAAGCGCUCUGCGAGCGCCUUGCAGAAAUUUGCACCAACGUGUAUAGUUCGCCGCGGUUAGAAGAUCACUUGUACGCAGAGGUAUAUGCGCACCAACACGACAGAGUUGUACUUGCAAUGGCUUUAUAAGCUCUUCCACUGUGGCCUGCAGCGAAACAUAGCUUCCACCAUUACUGUCUUGCAAGAGAAGAUUACAGAUCGCACCCCGCCUGAUUCACAACUGCACUCCAGACAAAUCCUUCCGGCCGUGAUAACCUCUGGCGGUGCGGUCCACCGGCGCAAGUCCAUCGUCCAGCUGAAUGCACAAGACAACGCAGAAAAAUGGUACUUCGUUGUGUUCAAGGCAAAUCCUUUCGGCCGUGAUAACCUCUGGCGGUGCGGUCCACCAGCGCAAGUCCAUCGUCCAGCUGAAUGCACGAGACAACGCAGAAAAGUGGGACUUGGUUGUGUCCAAGACCUCGCUGGUUGCAACGAUGCCCGGACAUCGGAUUUUCGUCGAUCCCCGAACGCAACAUCGGUCGUGUUUCUUGGCUGUCCUCCUGGUGCUGACGCACGCCGUGCAAGAGACCAAAUGCACCGGAAGGACGGCACGCACUUUUGCUGGUCGUCACCCCUGCUUCUCGCCUCUCGCUAGCUACGUGCAGUCCUCGAUUGCUGGACGUUCGGAAAAAAACUGGUGACCCCCCUCCCCCCAGUGCGGCCCCCCAAGAACAGCGACGAACAGUGGUGCACGUUGACCUAUGAACUCCUUGGCGCUGCGGCGCAUGUAUGUGUGCGCGUGUGUUGACAUAGUCACCUGUACAGAUACUCAAAAAAGAAAAAAAAGACUCGUUCGUGCAAAAGAUGAUCGCCGUCACGUUGGCGGUCUAGACUCGCUCUUCUCUCUGUCUUUUCUGUACAUAGGUGCCUCUUGCUGUCCUUUCUCCUCCCCGUUGUUCGCGGUCCUCGCACUGGCGGCAAGGACAUUCUCUUAUAUCUCACGAACGCUAUAGGAUAAAUACACAUCCUACACUUCUGAAUGG